AUGGCCCAGGAAUGGGCGCGCCAAUUUGCUACUGAGCUCCACGAUAAUCCCACAGCCUACGACACCACCAGCACAGCAACGGCAUCCACGUCCUUCUUGCGCAGCCAUCGGCCCUACCUGCACAGCGCCUCCAACCCCUUUAUCCAGGCUUCCGACGCUGCCCAAACACGACCAUCAGCCGAUGAGCUCGUGGCCCAGGGUCGCGACGCCUUGCAACGUGGGGCUCUAAUUGAUGCUAUUCUGCUAUUUGAAGCCGCCACCCAGACCGCUGCCGACCACGCCGAGGCCUGGGAGCUGCUGGGUGCUAGCCGUGCCGAGAACGAACAAGAGGAGCUGGCCAUUGCUGCUCUCUCCGAAGCUGUGCGGCUCGACCCGAGGCGCCGAAGCGCCUGGCUAGCCUUGGCCACCAGCUUGACCAACGAGACGCAGUUUCGUGAAGUCAUCGAAGCCUUGACCCAGGUUUUGCGCGGAAGCGGGACUAGCGCGGCCGCCUUGGCUGAUCAGCCCCUUCAAGACGAAGUCCGUCUCAACGGCAGUGAAGCCGACAUGGCCGACUGGGGGCCACAACCAGACAAUGGCUCACCUCUGCCCCACACACCCAGAGCCAUGACCUUUCACGCACGACUCCAUGCCUUGGUGGAUCGGUAUCAGCAAGCGUUGGCAGGGGCCGCUGCAGAACAUCAGGCGGAUCUUUUGGUGGGCUUGGGUAUCAUGCACCACAUCUUACGUGACUACGAAGCGGCAGCCGACAACUUUCAGGCCGCGCUUGCUCAAAGGCCUGAUGAUUUUUUACUUUGGAACAAGCUCGGUGCCACGCUAGCCAAUAGCGAGCGGAGCGAGGAGGCACUCCAAAUUUAUCGACACGCGCUGACCAUUCGCCCCGGAUAUGUACGGGCCCGCUAUAAUGCCGGUGUGGCCUGUCUGAAUUUGCGCCUGCAUCGCGAUGCUGUGGAACACUUUUUGGCCGCACUGGCGCUGCAAGCGAGCCAUGAUGAGCAGGACGCUGGCGCGGGCCCCAGCACCGUCAACAGUCCGGCCUUGAACAGCCCCACCCAAGUUAUGUCUGAUACCAUUUGGAGCGCACUCAAAAUGGCACUCAUGAUGAGCGGGCUCUAUACCGAGGCCACACUCGUCAACCAGCGUGACGUUAGCCUUUUUCGUGAUUCCUUCGAUUUUUAA